AUUCCGUUCAGACCUGAAGGGUUCUUCGGUUAGGUUCUAUCUGUGGUUUUGACAAUGGGAACGACGAAGAUGGAGUUGACGUCCAAAAACGCCGUGCAAAUUCUGUUCUUCGCUCUACUAUUAAACUACGUAGUCUCUGCGAGGACGCCAGGCAGACAGACACUUUCGCCAAUACAAGAGGCACCGCAGUAUCGUUUCCAUUACUAUGUCCAGGACGAAGGGACCGGUAAUAAUGGCGUUAGUUACAAAACGCAUGAAGAAUACAAAAACGCCGCCGUAUCCUCAUUUUCAGCCGGUCAAAGUGGUCCGGUGUACAAAGCUGACGCUCAGACGCCUAUUGUAGUACAGCCCAUCGACUCUCAGGCUCAGCAGAAGACGUCGAAAUCCAUCGAUGUGGCGUCAAAGAACGAAGAGAGCGGCAACAAGGAAGGCGCUUCGGCCGAACAGGCGGGUACGGAAGACAGGCAAGACGACGACAAGGAAGUAUCGCAGGAACAGGUGUUCGUGCAGGACAAAGACGAGACGAUGAAGCAACCGACAGAGUUUACGAUCCCGUUCAAGAAACCUAACUCGGUGGGCGCGGACGACAUUAAGUACGGCGGUGCAGAUGACGAAGCCAUGAAGAAAGACAUCGUCAAGGUGAUCCAAAACAUAAACGGGGCUGGGAUAGCAAGCUACGGCUCAGAGCAGUCCGACUCCCAGUUAAACUUCAAGAGCGGCCUGACCGACAAACCGAUGAAAACGGUGAACGUCGACUCCGCGGAAGCGGACCACGCCGACGGCCAGCAACAAGCUCAUAUCAACUUCAAGAGCCAGCAAUUAUCCAACAAGCCAUUGAGACUGUUCGGGUACAACCCGUGGUCGACGUUUGGCCAAGCUUACGAUGUUGACAACAACCGUCCACCACAAGUGGCCAGCGCCGCCGUAGGAGGCUAUUACGCGGGUUACGGCGAAGACAGCGUGAAGACACUGUCCAGCUUCGACUUAGGUCCGGCGUACAGUUAUCUUACUGGGCCGACUGCCUACCAAUACGCCGGAGGAUCGGGUGCGGGUUACAAGGGAGGAUCUCAGAAAUAUAACUCGGCGGCCGCCCAACAACUCUACUACUACGAUCCGAGUUCGAUGUUGAUGGUACCGAUUUACACCAACCCAAUUAGCGGAGGACAGACAUACCAAACGUACACGGAAAACGGUGUCAACGCCAAACCCCAACAGCAACCACAACCGCAGCAGCAACCUGCAGCACAAACAGAAACGGGAACCAAAAAAGGUUUUAAUUUAAUGCAGAUUCUGAGCGGCGGCACUUUUUACAAGGGAUCGUCGGAACAAGCGGAAGGAUCGCAGACGACGGCGGUGAAAGACGUACCGACCAAACAAGAAGUCGCCAAACCGGACAAGCAGAAACUUUCCGAUGAAUACGACAAAACAAAACAGCUUCAAACGCUCAUGUUGUACCUGAAUCCGGCAGACGGUCCGUUGGAUAUAAAAUCAUUGACUUCCAGCCCCAUACAACUGAUGCUGGGCCAACAGCCGCCGCAGAACGACUGUGUGCCAAAAACCAAGACGCCGGCUGUCAAAGAAAAGCCACUUCAGCCAAUACCGCUAUGUUCGGAUUGCGUGCCCGCGCUGGGUUUGAUAGGUUUGCCGAACACAAAAUCAGUGGCCAUCCAAACAAAGAAAUCGAGUGCUCCUCAACCACAAGUGAUGCCCAUAUGGAAUGGAUCAAACAUUUCAAAAUUAAAUUAUCUUAUCCUACCCAACCCAAUAACUAAAUAAGCACACUAUACUAUUUAUAUUUAUGUUCACACUAACGUGUACAUAAUUGACUGGCUAAUAUAUAUGUUAGUAUAUAAUUUAAUUUAAGACAAUUUUGAUGAA